CCUCUUUCUUGACGCAGCGGAUUCGCUGUCCUCCACUGCCGACGUCGUUCGCCGGGGCUCGUUCCUCCUUGUGUCGCCGUGAUUCCGAAUCCUUGAACGGUUAUCCCCUUUCCCUUGCCUCUCUGCUUCGAAGGAGGAAUGAAGCGUGGUUAAGUUAGCGAUCUAUACGUUGGGGCGGGUCGCAAAGGAAUCUCGAGAAUCCACCGGUUUGAUGGAGAAGGACUCUAAAGGAGAGAAGCGGAAGAGGUUUCACCAGGCGCUCCUCAAUCUCUACCAUCCGCCUUCGCCACCGCGGUCGCCGCCUCCCCCAUCGCCUCAGUUAACCAAGGAGGAACUUGUUGCUAUGGUUUGCGGGGAUAUGGCGCUGGAUUUGGAUCAAGGAGAUGAACAUGAUGAUGGAAGUGAACUGGGUUGUACAAGUGAUGUUGAAUCAAAAAAGCUCACAAGGGCUCAAAGAAAGAGAAUAAGGAAAAGAAAACUAAAGGAAGCAGCAUCAGUUAGAAGAAAGAUCAUCGGACCUUUGUUGCCUUCUAGCGACCAAGAUCUAAACAAACCAUCUAAAAAACCAUCACAUGAAAAUUUACCUGAAUCUAGACAAGAUUCUGCAGAGCAUCUAUCAUGUUAGGUAAACUUGUUAUACUGGUAGAUUUUCCUUGGACUAGUAGCAUAGACUAGUUUUGUAUGGAUGCAAUACCAUUUGAAAAGAUUGAGCAGUUGGAUUCUGUAGCCGAUCUUUAUUACAUACACAAGUGACUAACAAGUAGUUGCUG